CCGCUACAGGGUCGCGUAAUUGAUGACGUCAUCCGCAUGCGUCCAGCGCGCUAUAUUUCAUUUUUGGCGCCGAAAGAUAGUGGCUGGGAGUAAAAUGGCGAUAAAAGCGUUGGAGAUCCGCUAUGUCCUACUUGAAUGGACUGAGGGUGAGGAUAGAGGGGCCCAUAGUAUUUUGCCGCUCGACUGUGUCCGGAAUUUUUCAGUUACAGAUUUUUUUGAAAGGACUGAUAAAACCGAGAAGCUGGUGGAAUGGCGAAAAGGCCGCCAACCCUGGCCGGUGCACCGAGCCAGAAUUAUUGACGUGGCAAAACUUGAAAAAACUCUCCAAAUUAAACUGAUGGAGAUGGAGAAAGAGGGCACACAAUGGCAAAUAAAACGUCCUCACAUCCCAAACUCAAAGUACAGUGAGCAGCAGGGGCAGACUGAGAAGGCUUCAAAGAAAAAGGUUGACAAUAAAAAGGGAGGGGCUUCCAAAUACAAGCACCAGGAGGGUGAGAAGCAGGAGGAGGGUCAUGACAGACUUUCAAAGAAUAAGAUUGACGUGAAAAAGAGAUGGUCUUCUAAAUACAACCACGAGGAAGAGGAGGAGAAGGCGGAGGAGGAGGAGGAGGAGGAUGAUGAGGCGCGUCAUGACAGACCUUCAAAGAACAAGCGGGCCAGCGAAGAGGAGGAGUGUAUUGGGGAUAAAGAGGACAUAGUACCACCCUCUAAGAAAAAGAAAUCCCUCAAAUGAAAAGUGACCUCGCCAUUAUUGCUCAAAAGACUGGAAGGACUCCUGUGGAGGAUCUUGAUUCCUCCUUCUCGACUUUUGGAGAAGUGCAACCG